UUGUGGCUUUCACACCAAACCCACUCCGUCGAAACCUUAGUUGCUCGAGGAGUUUUCGUUGAAACCUUCGUCGCUCAGAAAGCUACUUCGCCGAAACCUUCGCCACCCCAUAAGCCCUUUCUUCCCUCUUUUCGACGCUCUCACACUUUGCAUCCUCAAACCCAACCACAACCCUAGUCUCGACUGGCCCCUUUGGUUUGCUUGAUCCUUUCUCUGUUCUUCAACCCCUCGGUUCGUUGCUAAAUUUUGUAUUUAUAUUUUCCGUUUGAGGUUUUGUCUUUGUCACCUCAACUUUGAUUGACGGUGAGGAGGCUGCGAUCCGUCAGUGCUUGUUCUCUGGUAAGGGGAGGGAAUUAGAGUAUCAAGUCUAAUGGAGGGAGAAAAGGGAUUUGGCAUGUGACGUCAGAGGAGGAAGCGCUAAAGAAGAAUAUUGACUGCAUUUACUUCUUAGCUUCUGCAUUGACUUGCAAAAGGUGCCAAGGUGCACUUCUGUUGUCACGAGGAGUGGGAACAAUUACAUCAUUAUGUAUUGGAAAAUGACGCUGAGGUUGAUUCUUACAUUGUGUAAGCGCUCUAGUUUAGUAAUAAUCUCAUGAAAUUGUUAAGAAAAAUAUCCUCUUAAUUUCUUUAUAAUUUUUUCAUUAGGGAACAUAUGACACACUUGAAGCAAAAAUUUCCUAUUAAAGGUGUAAAGUGGUUACAAGAUAAGCACCACCAAAGUUUUAUUCCUUGGUUCCAUGAACAUGUAAGUACCAUAAAUAUUAGCAUGUUUAUUAUUGAACAUACGAAAGCAUGUUUAUUUUUGAACAUAUUAACUUUAAUAAAUUUAAUAAUUUAACCCCCUUAUGAGAAUUAUAGGUUACAAAUACAACAUCCUCUUCCUCCAAUCAAUUAUAAAAAAAAAGUGAAGUUGUUGGCACAUGGACCUAGCAAGCAAGUGCUAAAAUACUCUAGUCAUAUGAUUGAUGGGGUCACUUAUUACAUGAAAGAACGUGAUAAUGUACGAGUUGUUCAAAACUCGAGUGUAAUCUUGCUCGCACAAACAAUGCGAGUUGCAAGUGCAAAGGAUAAAAAUCCAAUUAUAAGAGACAUGAUGUAUUAUGGUAUGAUACAAGAAAUAUGGGAGCUCAAUUACCAUGAUUCUCAAGUUCCAAUGUUUAAGUGUAAUUGGGUAGAGAAUAACACUGGUAUUAGAGUAGAUGAUAAUGGUUUUACCUUUGUAAAUCUCAAGAGAAUGAGAUUCAAAUCUGACCCAUUUAUCUUGGGCACUCAAGCGAAGUAAGUAUUUUAUGUAGAAGACCCUUAAAAUCCCACAUGGUUUAUUGUACUUUCAACUCCAAAUAGAGAUUAUUUUGAAUGUAUCACUGAUGAUAAGUUGGGAGAUACUUCAAUCUACUACCCAUGCUUCACAAAAGGGAUGCCAUCAAUGGAUAUUGACAAAACUAAUGACAAUUAACCACCCUGUAUUCGUGUAGAUUGUGAUGGGAUUUGGGUUGAUAAUGAAAAUUUUUAGUUUGGUAACUUUAUUUAUGGUUUAUAUAUGUGACUAUUUACUUGAUCAAGUUUAUGAUCUUGAAUAAUGUUACACUAAAAUAUUUCAUAUAAAAUUUUGGUUCAUUGUUUAUUAGUAGUUUUUUUGUUGAAUAUACAAAUGUUUAUUUUGUUGUGAUUUUGAAUGAUAUGCUCUAUAGUUGUGCUAACUAUUUCUGCAUAUGCUUGAUGCUUGUGCUAACUAUUUCAAAUUUCUACUGUUAUGAUCAGGUUUUUGGACACUAUGACCACUAGAAAAAAGGGUAAAUCAACGCAUGAUCAUAGUGAUGAGAUAGUUCAACAAGAUAAGAAUUCACAAAAAAAAUGCAAAAGACAAUAAGGGUAAAGGUAAAAUGACGUCUGUUGCUUAAGAUCAUGUGGGUGCUGAGGAUAGCCAAGAGGUAGGAUCAAACGGGAUGACUCAAACAACAAGAUCAAAGAGAGGUCAUACUCAAAUGAAUAAGCUUGUUGUUCAAAGGGUUCAGGGAGUUAAACAGAGUAUGAGAUUUAAUGUGUAUGGACAGACAGUGGGGCAAAAAGUUUUUGAAUUGCAGAGUUUUAUUGGCGUCCUUGCUUGGGAAAAAGUUAAUAUUAAUUACCACUCUUGGAAGCAGGUGUCGGAUGAAGUUAAGAACAUGAUAUGGGAAUCCAUCAAUUUGACAUACAAACUGGACCCAAAAUGGAGGAAUGGAUGUUUGAGCUCUGCAAAUUCAAAGUGGCGUCAGUAUAAAACUCACCUCACUAGGACAUUCAUCCAACCAAAUAGAAAUAAUCCAAAGCUUAUGAACAAGAAAAAAAGUGAACUACAAAGUGCAAGAGGCAAGGUAAACUUAUACCCUCACCGACUUUCUGGAAAAGGAUAUGCGGGUUUGUCUAAAGAAAUAUCUAGUGACUUAUGUGAUGACGAUGAGAUAAACAGAGCCAUUCUCUAGAAAAGAGGACGACUCAACAAAGAAGAGGAAUUUGUUGGCGAUGAGUUGAAGCAAAUAGUGAAUAAGAUUGUAAGAAAAAGUAGACAUAAAUUGCUUGUUUGUACAUAUAUGAUAUAUGUAUAUAUUUAAAGUUAUUGUA